AUGUCAAAUUUGUCCGAGCAAAUCUCAUCGAGUCGUGAUAGUUUGAAUAAUCUGAAUAGUCUCUUAUCCUCACUCACUCCUUUCGUCGAUGUUAAAUUUUCAUCCGAGAGUGAGAGCAAAGGAAGCAAAACUUCUGAUUCUGGGGAGAAGUCAUACUUCGUUCUUGAAGACUUGUGGGAGUCUUUCAAAAAAUGGAGUGCCUAUGGAGUUGAGGUCAAGUUCAAUCUGAACUCCGAUGAACCAGUCUUGCAAUACUUCGUCCCAUAUCUGUCUGCAAUUCAACUAUAUGCUGCGGAUGAAGAACUGGACCAGAAGUCCAGUGAGAAAACUGGGGAUUCUGUGUCUUCAAAGGAGACUACUCAUAAGGUUUUGUAUGAAUAUUUUGAGACUCAUUCGCCAUACGUGCGUCUUCCUCUCACUAAAAAGGUUUCGGAUCUUGCUAAAGAAGAUCCUUGUAUAAAGAAUUUGAAGAGCUCUGAAAUAUCGCCCCGCAGUUGGUUUUCUGUGGCUUGGUAUCCGAUUUACCGUAUUCCUAAUGGACCAACGUUGAAGGACAUAGAAGCUUCAUUUCUUACCUAUCAUAAACUAUCAACUCAGUUUAAAAGGAAAACUCGGCCAGAGAUCAGUGACAGUGACAAAAAGUUGUUGAAAACUCGUCUUAGGGUUUUUGGCCUAACAACUUAUAAGGUGAAAGGGUCAAUUUUGCCUUUUCCGGCAGCGUCUGAAUCGCCCCGAUUGAACUCGCUUUUGAAGGCUGCUGAUGAUUGGUUGGAGAAUUUGAAGGUUAGCCAUUGUGACCAUUACCAUUUUGUGAAGACUGGAAAGCAGUGGGUGGAUUAG